UUCACAAUAUCUGGGUGGAGUUGUUUGCUACAGGUUACACGGAAACAAAUUCUUACUGAAUGAAAGUAAACGAAAACUAAAGGAAUGGGUUGGAGAUACCAGGGUAAAUAAGAUAAGAGCGUAGAAUAGAAACAACCCGCUCUUUACACUUUUUGCUUCUAUUGAAGACGGACUCAAGUGUCCAGCCAUGGCUGAUGCAUUGUUGUCUAUGGAGGAGGAUCUGACAUGUGUCAUCUGUUGUGAUGUCUACACGGAUCCGGUGACACUGAAAUGUAGCCACAGUUUGUGCGAGAAGUGUUUAAAGGAGUUUUGGAGAACUCAGGAUGUGACACGAUGUCCGGUCUGCCGAAAGGAAUGUUCACACGAUGAGCCCACCAAGAGCCUGGCCUUUAAAUCACUCUGUGAGACAUUCAAGAGGAAAAAACCCACACCCGUUUCAGAAGAUAUCUGUCAGGAACACAACAAGAAACUCAAAUUCUUCUGCUAUGAGGAUGAGAAGCUCUUCUGUGUGGUCUGUCAAGCUUUAAAGAUCCAUGAAAAUCACAAGUGGUCUCCUGUUGAAGAGGCUGUCGUGAACAUAAAGGAGGACCUUGAGGAACAUAUAGACGGAUUACAAGCAACCUUUGAUGAGCUCAAGGAAGCCCAUGACAGCUGCAUGAAACAGAUCGAGUUCAUUGAGGAACACAGCAGUGCUGGGGAAAAUAAGAUCAAAGAGGAAUAUAAGAAACUGUACCAGUUUCUUAAAGAUGAGGAGGAGAGAUGCAUCCGUAGCUUGCAGAAAGAAGUGAAGUCUCAAGAGUUAAAAAUCAGGGCUAGAAUGGAGGAGCUGUCCAAACAGAUCUCAGACCUGUCAGAGAAGGUGGCAGCUGUAUGGCAGGACAUGGAAGCUGAAAACAUCACAUUUCUUCAGAAUUACAGUAAGAACCUUCAAAGAGUUCAAUGCUCAUCAGAUCCAAACACGUACCCAGAACUACAUGAAUAUCAACUUCAUCCUCCCCAGACCAUGAUCUUUACCACCUGGGCGAGGAUGCUUGAACUUGUGGAAAAACCUCCUGUGACUUUGGACCCAAAGACGGCCUCUCCAAAGCUUAUGUUGUCACCGGAUUGGUCCAGUUUCCAGUAUGUGGAAAGCAAAUUGUGUGUGCCUGAGAAUCCUGAGAGGCUAUAUGUGGGAGUUCUGGCUUCACAGAGCUUCAGUUCGGGUCUGCACUGCUGGGAUGUAGAGGUGGGAGACAACAACCACUGGACACUGGGUGUAGUGGGGGCAACAGUGAACAGAAAAAAACUUUUUAAAAUGGAUCCUAAAAGUCAUUUUUGGUGUUUUCGUUACGUAAAUGGUACAUACCGUAAAUGUAAUGAGCCUGCCGUAGAUAUUGAUGAGGACGAGAGGCCGUACAUCAUCCGACUGCAGCUUGACUUUGACCAAGGAGAGCUGAGCUUCAUUGAUCCCUUCAGAAACAAACGUUUGUGCACCUUCACUGGUGGAUUUCCUGAGAAGGUGUUCCCAUAUUUUUGUACUGGAAAAGGGGGUAGACCACUGAAUAUUUACAUGGGCAAAAACACUUGCUAACCUGACAUUUUUAUUUUGGACAUUCAAGUAAAAGUAACUUAAUUUAAUAUAAGCACUUAUAAGAGCUUCCAAGAUUUUGAAAGGUGUAUUCUAAGCUUCUUAAAAUGAACUUCUUCAUUAAAAAAAUGUUCUUCAUUUAGAAAAUGUUUCGUGAAAACAUUCUACAGAAAGUUGACAAAGUAAAGGCAUACUCUCGCGAGAUCAGCUGCGCUAGAUCGCCACCUACUGGACUGUACUGCAGGAAUUUUCUGUUCCUUUUGACCUUUUAUUAUUAUGAAAUUUAAAUAAAAUAAAAUAAAAUUUAAAUAAAGAUUUUAAAACUUUAUUUAAAAUAAAGAUGAAUAAGCUAUUAUGAAAAUAAUGCUCAUUGCAGAAAUAGAAUACAAUCUGGAUUUCAAAAAAAGUGUUAUUGAUUCAACAUUAAAUACCUUACCAAAAGCUAUCUGGGAAAUGUAGUCAAGUAUUUAUUAUUAAACAUAAAAAUAUGCAACACAAAAUAACGUUUCAUUAUAUCACCUUCAAGCGUGACACUGUUAGGAUCCAAAGUAAUGUAUGUAUUAAAGCUGCAUGACAUUUAAAUGCAAUUCGUGAAGUUUGUGCAAAUUGGUUACUGGUGUAAAAUAAAAAGGUGAUGUUUUGAUAUAUCAGUGUAGUCUGGGCUGACUGAUACAACAUAUGAUGAAUAUCUACACAAACAAAAAUCAAUCACUUGAAUUAAAACUACAGCUCACACACUAAACAACAACAAAUGUGCUUGAAUUUCUUGUUUUUUCUACAGUUUCUCAUGAUGUAAACACUCUUUUGUGACAGUAUUCAGGCACUAUUUACACUAUUAACAACAUUAGGGCAACUUUUUUUCACAAGACUUUCACAAGUCUCAGUUUUACAAGCACAAAGUGAAGGGAUCCGCUGUUUCUCCUUUUUUAUCUGGAGGACAUGUUUAAAGUUUUCUCUGAGAUUUCUGAUAAGCAAAGAAUUUUGAAGAAUGAAGCAUAUUUUACAAUUUGUCAUUAUUUACUUGUAUUGUAUUGAGGUUAUCCUUAUUAUUUUCACAUAAUUCUUAUUAUUCCCCAUUAUAAUGCUCAUUAUUGUAAAACCGACACCAAAAUGGGGGUAAAAAAACAGGGCAUAAUACACUACACCAUAAAAAUUGUUCAAAUCCAAUAUGUGCAUCCCCUGUACCUUCAUUUAACAUUUAUAAUAAAAUGCAAUAUGACAUACCCUCUUCUUUACUUUUUCAUUAAAAAUAUGGUUAAGGUAGUGUGAUUAUUUUCAUUUUUAAUCAAAUAAAAAACACAUUUUAUUGUGAGGUAAAUCAAAAUGGCCGCGCAUAAAGUUACAUCUACAAUCAAUUACAACUCAAGACGGUUAAAGGGACAGUUUGUAAGACUAAAAUAUGCAAAAACCACUAUACCAAUGUUUUAUUUUUUAUCAGCCGAGUACUUACAAUAUCUCAAAUGUUUCCAACUGCUUUUAAAUCCUGAGAAAAUCGCCAUUCUAAGCAGUGGACCGGGCCCGUUUAGUCGCCUGUCAAUGGCGUCAUAUUCGCGUUACCCUUUUUUACCGCCUUUACUGACGUAGCAACCACGUGACACUGUCGUAGACAGAUGCGGAAGUAGUUUGUACCGUCGGUCCGUCUAGCAUUAUUGCAAAUAGGGCUGUGUAUUUCUAGCCAAGUUUUUUGUACACAAGUGUAAGUUUUUGUCUGUCAAACCUCUUUUUAUAAUUUUUUGCAAAGACCUUAAUUGUUAUUUGGGUACUAUCUCUUCUUCUAACAAUGCCAAAGCAUUAAAGUCUGUUACAGUGUGCACAAAGUAUAAUAUUUCAGCUUUUUUAUAAUGAAAACCAAAAGGGUCUCAAGGCUUUUCUCUCUCAAAAAGGUUUUGUUACCCCUGGCUCAAUCUUAUUUGUAUUUAUUUUUAUUUGUCUAUUUAUUUUAUUUAUUUUUACUUGCUUUUAUUUUACUUCCCUUUACUGGCUUUUGGUCUUCUGAAUUAUUGUUGUUUAUUUCUGGUCUUAAUUGUGACUAUGUUUUUGAUGUUAUAUUAGUUCAAUAAAAAAAAGGGCUGUGUAUUGGCAAGGGCCACACGAUACAAUACAUAUCACGAUAGAUAGGUCCCUAUACAAUAUAUCUCAAUAAAUUCGAUACGAUACAAACGUUCAAUAUAUUGCAUAAUUUGUUUUUAAAUAAAACUAUUUUUAAGAAUGA